UGGCGAUGCUACCUCCUCCUCACCCCCUCCUCCCUGGGAGGAAGGAGACAGAAGAAGUCGUGACUCGAAUGUCAGCGUGACGGUUGGCGAUAGCAGAUAGUGCCCGCCGUCCGGGAGCGGAAGCGGUCGUGGUCUUGCUUUCAGAGGGGGCCUGGAGCUGUGGGGCGGGGGGGUCGGUUGUUGACAAAACUGGGCUUUACUCCCGACUCCUGGGGGAGCUUGCGCGCGUGUGUGGGCUGGUGCCACCCGCUCCUCCGCCCCCGGGGCGCACGCGCGCGUGAACUUGACACCCCCCACCCCCCCCCGGGAGCGCGCGCGCGUGUGGACUGGGACCUCCAGCGAUUGCAGCCGGCAACAUGCACAGAUUCCGAAAGUGGCUCUACAAGCCCAAGAGAUCAGACCCACAGUUUCUUGCCCAGUUCUACUACGCAGAUGAAGAGUUAAAUCAGGUUGCAGCUGAAUUGGAUAACUUAGAUGGACGUAAAGACCCGCAAAGAUGUACACUGCUGGUCAACCAGUUUCGUUCCUGCCAGGAUAAUGUGUUAAACAUAAUCAACCAGAUCAUGCAGGAAUGCAUCCCAAAUGAACGGGCAAAUCGAGAUUUCUGUGUCAAAUUUCCAGAGGAAAUACGGCAUGAUAAUCUGGGAGGACAACUUUGGUUUGGAGCUGAGUGUUUAGCUGCCGGUUCAAUUAUCAUGAACCGAGAAAUAGAGAGCAUGGCAAUGCGACCUUUGGCCAAAGACUUAACCCGCAGUUUAGAAGAAGUGCGAAAUGUUUUCCGUGACCAGUGCCUGAGAGACUUGAAUGUCUACACUGACAAAAUGAAGGAGUCCCUCAAACAAUUUGAUGGCUUGUUUGCAGAAUUUGAACUAUGUUAUGUCUCUGCGAUGGUACCUGUGAAAUCUCCUAAAGAAUAUUACGUACAGCAAGAAGUCAUUGUUCUCUUCUGUGAAACUGUCGAAAGGGCCUUAAAGCUUGGAUAUCUCACACAAGAUUUGAUUGAUGACUACGAGCCAGCAUUAAUGUUUACAAUUCCUAGACUGGCUAUUGUCUGUGGUUUAUUGGUCUUCCCUGAGGGGCCAUUGAACUUGGAACGCAAGCUAGAAGAUAUGUCUGACCUGUUUAGACCAUUUCGCACACUGUUGCGAAAAAUCAGGGACCUACUACAGACAUUGACAGAAGAUGAGUUGCACACACUUGAACGUAACCUGUGUAUAUCUCAGGAUGGUGAAUUUGCUGUUGAUCCAGAGGUACCCUCUCCCAUUCCUCCACCUGUAGUUCCUGAGAAACUCGUUCAAGAUAAAUUGUGUGUAAAAGCUGAAAAUACAGACGCUGAACUUGCAUGUUCAAUGCAAUAUGAUGAGGAGGAGCUGGAGCAGCUUAACUUAAUGGUACACAGGGUGGGGGAUGAAAUGUCCUGCCUGCUCUCUCCACCAAGUGCUUGCCAGUCACCAGCUCAUAAGACUGUGCUGAAUAAUAAUUGUAACCCAGAGGCCUCUACAAACCCCGAGCUCUCUGGUGUGAGGCAUGAAGCUGAAGAAGAGGAACGGGUAUUUUUCAUGGAUGAUUUGGAUGGUGCAGGUGAGGCUUUUGCGGGAAUGGACACUUUGAAGGAAUCGCUCACUUUGGCUCCUGAUUCUUGUCCACCUGAUCAAGCAGACAUGUUGCCUCUUUCACAUGAUGAUGAAAACAUGGGGAGGGAUAGUUGCAAUGAGCAAAAUUUAGAAACAAAAGAAGUACUACACAAACCAAGCAAUAAUGAUUCACUACCUCUGCAAGGACAAGCCAAUCAAAAGAAAAAUAACACAGCAGAAAUCUAUUGUAAAUGUUUGGAUAUAUCAGAAUCCGGUUCUUACCUCAAUGGUUGGACUGUAGGUACUGAUGAUGUACAACCUAGUGAAACUGCAGAAAAAAUAGCACAUAGGACUGGUGGAAUGAAAAUUUCUGCAACUGUUAUCUUUAACCCCAAAUCUCAGUCCAUCACUUGCUCCUCUGAAGCGGAGACUAUAAUAAAUUAUGAUUCAGUCUGCAGUCAUGUUUCUCCAGAUGAUUCCCCAAAGCUAUGCCCUGCUGAAAUGAAAAAUGGUGUAAAUCAUUGUGUCCACCUUGCUGUGACUCCGGACGAUAUAGUUCACAACAUCUCUGAGCCAGUGGGGAUCAGUUCAUUGGAUGAUACUGUAGAUGUUGCAGAUUCUGGUUUUCAUAAAGGAGAGGAUCAGCCAUGUAAAAGUAACUGUGGAUCACCUUCACAGGAGAGGAUAGAAAGUGAGAGUCCAGGUGAAUCAUGGACAGAAAGAGCUAUCAGCAGACGGGAGCACAAAACCUCCAAAUGCAAGUGCCUGGCACAGUCCUCUGGAAAACAGGCAGAAGGAGGAGGGCAACAAACAAAAAUAGAAGUAUGUUGCCAGCAACGAAAGAUGGAAAAGAGGAAGCUGCCAAUUGGAGUGAAGGCAAGUAGAGAAGAACCACAAGUUAAAGGCAGUAUGGUAAAAGACGAAUCCGAGGAAGAUGGGAAAGUACAAACUGUUUCUCACCUGUCGGAGAGCCACAGUACUAAGCAGAGUUCUCAAGAUCCCAUCCCAGAUUCACCCAUCAGCUCCGUAUCCAGCAGUGAUUGUGAAAGUGUUUCUGUCACAACUUGUAGUCUUUCCAGCACGUAUACUCCGAGCCCUGUUGGCAGUCUCUCAAGUUCGUACACUUCCGAGGAUGUAGAUCAAGAGGAAAUCCAACUCGCACUUCUGGCUGCCAAAGUUGCUACGAGAGAAAAGAUCCGAGCCCGUUUCCAUAACAGCAAUGAUCUUAUUCACAGGCUUUUUGUGUGUAUUGCAGGUGUUGCUGAUCAACUACAGACUAACUAUGCAAGUGACCUGCGAAGCAUUCUUAAAACCCUAUUUGAAGUCAUGGCAACUAAGUUACAAUAUGAGGGCAGCAGGACAGAGAAAAAAGGUGACCAGACAUUGAGAAGUCCUGCACUUGAAGACUGUGCUUUAUGUCGAGAAAGUGUGUCUGCCUCUGAACUUGCUGACAAGGCAAGAGAUGAGGACCUUGAAGAUCCUCCGGAAUGGGUACCAGAUGAAGUCUGCAGUUACUGUACUGCAUGCAAGGCACCGUUCACUGUGAUUCGAAGGAAGCAUCAUUGCAGAAGCUGUGGAAAGAUCUUCUGCUCACGUUGCUCUUCUCAUUCGGCUCCCUUACCUCGAUACGGCCAGAUGAAACCAGUCCGGGUCUGCACACACUGCUACAUAUUCCAUGUGACGCCCUUCUACAGUGACAAACCAAGCAUCUGAUGACUGCUGAGUGAACUGCCUGGUUCUGGCAUGUAUGAACUAGCUCAAUAAGGUUGCAACUGAUGCUGGAUGCCAGCAGCGGGAUGUUUAUUUUGGCAUUGUUUAUUUUUAGUUUAGAAUGGAAAUUUGGAUAAGCUUUCCUUAGAGGUAGUUCUGAGAGAAGCUGCAACUCCAAGUAGAAAUUUUUGUACUGACCUUUUUAAAUGCAUUUUGAUAAUGAGCUGCUAAAAGGAAGCGCUGAGCUUCUAUUGUUGUUCCACUGUAGUAUGGUCUUCCACAAAUUUGUAUUGAAAUUAUAAAACUAUCCUAAACUGAAGGAAGGCACUGCAGGGGUGGUGAGGGUUGGCAGAGGAGCGCUUCUGAAGGGUUUGCAAUACUUGAUGACCUUCUGUUCCUGUGCCAUACACUCCUUAUGGUUUAAAUGUUGGCUAAAGUUCAUCUGAUCAGAAAAAGAAAUUUUUCAGAUAUUUAUUUGAGAUGGAAAAAUUCUUUUGAAGUUCUAAUGUAUUGAUUAAUCAAAGUCAGUCAUUGUCUGUCAUGCAACAUCAACGCUACUGUUAAAACUGUUUUGAGCAGACGUCACCCGCUUUGUACAUUGUGACAAAAGAUUUGCACAAUUUUCUUUUGACAUUUAUCUUAUGUUUUACAGUCCAUUUAGAUCUCUUAUUGUUGAGGAGCAAGUGACGAUGUUGUCUCCAAUGUAUUGAUGUGGUACAUUGAGGUGGCAUGGUGACGAACAGGUGUCCACACUGCAAAUUUCUUAAUCCCAGCUGUGCUGUUGAGGUUAAUGUUAGGCAAAAUGACACCAACUUACUCGUGGAGGGAUCAGAGGGCGUCUGGAUCUUGGAUAAUUUGUUCAAUGCUGCUGCAUGCACAUUUAGAAAAAGAGAGAAGCAUUCCAGUGUGUUUAAGAGUUUGAAAUUGUACCUAAAUAAGGUAGUGUGACUGUUAUGGGAAGCCUUGGGCUGACUUCUUCCCAAAUAUAUUUUUUCUUUAAGGUGACAAGACUAUUUAUGAGACACAUAUUGAGCCGAACCAAACAGCUGAUAAAGUUAAUAAUCAAAUCUGUGGUGACCACAUGAGAACAUGCUGAGGUUCAAAUUCCUUCCUCAAAUACCCAGAGUAAGCUUCACAUUUCACCCUGGAAGUGCUUUUUUUUCUCAACCAGAUACAGACUAUGGUUGUUGUUUCAGUAACUCUCACCCAAGUAUUCACUCUUCCUUUGUAAAGAGAUACCAACUGUUAACUCCUCGCCCCAAGCUCUAGAGUAAGAGAACAAUUGUUGUGUCCCUACAGUAGCUCCUACAGCUAAGUUAGUAUAUAAUCCCUGGAAUUCCUGCCUCCUUGUCUCAGGAGUAUACUAGCCAGUGCCUUUACCUAGUAAGUAAUUCAGGUGUGCAUAAUCUGGGUGUUCACUCAAUUCUGUUCCAUAUAAUUAACAACAAAUUAAGCUCCUUAACUCCUAACUAUUUGAAGGAUUCUCCGAUAACUAUCUGGUCCAGAUUUUGUCAUUGCCCAUCAACAUAAAGUAUCGCCAGUGGGAAAACCACUGAUGCUCAAAAGAACAGGAUUACGGACAUACCAGGGGCUAGGGGAACUACCUCACCAAGCAAAAGGAUAACCCAUCAGUCGGAAACAAAGACUGGAUGGAAGCCAGUUUGAUUAAAAUACCAUAAAGAUAUUUGAUAUGUUGCAAAAUAAAACCCUUCACCAAUUAAAUGCUUAACAACUAUGUUCUAUGUUUAUACAAAAUAUAAUUCCACCAUAACUACCCAUUAUUUAUAUAUAGGUUCUCUACUUUUACAAGUUAAAGCUCUCUGCUAAAGAUUUAUCAAUGAAAAUGAAGAUUUACUAUCUCGCCUGUCGUUGAAGAUCUGAGGAAUCUCCAGCAUCAUGUCUAUGAUCAAGCAAGAGAUCUUGUGCAGACGACUUGAACUAUUUAAUCCCUACAAAUUCCAGAAAACUGUUGUUCUGUUCAAGCCAUUUUCCUCUCGCUCUUAUGAUAGAGUUAUAGGGAUAGGAUCUGGGUGGGAUACUCUUUGGCGGGUUGGUGUGGACUUGUUAGGCCAAAUGGCCUGUUUCAACACUGUAGGGAUUCAUUGGUAUUCUACUUAUGAAAACAAAACAUGAGGAUUACACUCCUCCUGUAAGUUCCUUGAUUUCUCAAUUUUAAGUUGCAGUAUUUCAACACCUAUUCUGUUCAUGCUGUUUCCAAAUAUUUAUUAGGCACAAAUGAGGACUGCAGAUGCUGGAGAUUAGAGUCGAGAGUGUGAUG